CUCCUCCGCACUCCUCCUCUUCCGCACCCACCACCAUCACGACAAUGGACGAACCAACCCCCUCAAUCCUCCUCCUAAAAACCAAAUCCAUCCCCAACGACGGCUACGACGAAUUCUUCAUCCAAAACAACUACACUCCGACCUUCAUCCCCGUCCUCGAACACCACUUCCACGUCCCGAACCUCCAAUCCAUUCGCUCACAACUCACCUCUGGGGCGUUGAUUCCCGGCCCCGGGAGGAAAUAUGGGGGGUUGAUAUUUACUAGUCAGAGAGCUGUGGAGGCUUUUGCGUCGGUGUUGGGGAAGAUUGAUGGCGCAACCAAAACGCAACUCCAAACCCUCCAAAUCCCAAUCUACACCGUCGGCCCCGCAACACAUCGAACCCUCACAUCGCUGAUCCUUCCCCAUUUACCGAAAGCACAUAUUCAUGGGAAAGAUACCGGGAAUGGAGAAAAUCUAGCGCGAUUCAUUUUGGAGCAUUACAAUUCGCUAUAUCCUGACCCUUCAUCUUCUGUUGCCAAACCGCCCCUCCUCUUUCUUGUCGGUGAACAACGACGAGAUAUCAUUCCCAAGACGUUAAUGGAUGAUGGUCUGCCUGCCGCGGAACGGAUCGGUGUUGAGGAGGUAGUGGUUUAUGAGACCGGUGUGAUGACGGGGUUUGAGGAGAUGUUUGGGGCGAGGGUGGAGAGGGAGAGGGCGGUUAUAAAGAGGAUAAUAGAGGAGGGGGAUGGGGAGGGGUGGGUGGUUUGGGUGGUUGUGUUUUCGCCGACAGGGGGAGAGGGGAUGUUGAAGGGGUUGGGUUUGUUGGGUAAUAGUCAGGGUCAGGGUCAGGGUGGAAGUGAGAGGAACGAAGGGGGGGAAGAGAGGAGGUUCUUUGUGGCGACGAUCGGGCCGACGACGAGGGAUUACCUGAGGGAUAAGUUCGGGUUCGAGGCGGAUGUUUGUGCUGAGAAGCCGAGCCCCGAGGGAGUGGGGAAGGGGAUCGAGAGGUUUAUGAAAGAGUGGAGGGCCAAGAGGGGUUUAUGAGGGAGUAUGAAGUGGGUGGGGGCUGUAUGAUAGUCGUAUACCCAUAAUUUGUGCUAAGUCAUGUUUCAGGUCUAUAUUGCAUUCAAGACGCUAACAUAUGGACGAAAAUUCAGGAGCUGGACUAUCGCUGAAACUGUCAGACCACUUUCCACAUCAACAUCAACUCACGAGAUGCCGCAGUCAAUGGGCCAAUCCAACAAAUUAUUCCGCCAGGCCGGAGUGCCUGUGGCCCCGCCCGUUCUUCCAUGCAUCCUGGUGGUAUGUGCAUACG